AUGAAUCUUGUAACUGAGAUAGCCUGUGCCAAGCUGUGUGUAGAUCGCCCCUCCUGUAGGUCUCUGUUCUACGAGGACGGGAAGUGCUUCCUGACAGAUGCCAAUAUAACAGACAGAGCUCAGUUGGCACCUCGAGACAACGUGAAGCAUUAUGGAAAAGUAUCUGUCACCAGGAUUGCUGCGGAGGGGUGCAGUGUGAGAGGAUUUGUCUACCAUCCCCGGGGGAACAUUUGCUACCGGAACAGAACGACUACCCGACACACGUGGCACAUGGCGAGUAAGGUAUGCAAGGCAGAUGGAGGGGCCCUGAUGAAGGUAGACACGGAAGAAAAACACAAGUUCAUGGUCACCUACGGAGAAUCUACCCAGCUUUCACUGUGGAUCGGGGGCAAGGGGAAGGUCAACUGGAUCUGGUUUGACGGAACACCCAUUGUCAAGUUCUACUGGCAGCAAAGCGGGAAGGAUGGAUGGCCUGCCAACUGUUGUUUGUCCUACCGCUGGAGUGACGGACAGUACAGAUGGGAUGAUGCCAACUGCAAUAGUCCACGAGGGUUCUUUUGUGAAGUUCCUGUUAAACGCUAG